AUGCGAGCGGCGCGAGACGAGUGUGGAUCGGUCGCGGCAGUGAACGCAGGUGAGGAGUCGCUGCCAUUUCCUCCAGCCGUCCAGCGCCGGGGCCGCGGUCCACGUCUUCACGCCGCUCUCCUCCAGUACCGCACCCGUGCUCAGGCGGCGGAGUCGCGCCCCUCGACUUCGCUCCGCGGCCGAGCGGCAGAGGUGCGGCCCUCGUCUUCACGCCGCUGUCUAGCGCUCGUGGCGAGUAGCGGCGGCGGCGCGGCCUCAGCGGGGGAGCGGGCCGCGAACGGUGGCGUCGCCUCUGUGGGGGAGCAGGUGGCGCCCGGCAGCACGGCAUGGGUGGGACGGGAGCGGAGCUCGGCGGGGACACAGUCGCACCACUCGCGGCUCUGCGAUGAGGCGGCGCGCGGCGCUGAGCGAGCUAGUGGGUUCCAUGCCGGCGGUGAGGAAGGUGAGCACCGCCGUGUGCAGAUGGCCGAGGCCAAGGCCUGA